AAUCAACUGUAAUCCUUACUGUACACACCUGAACCUUCUGCGGAUAUUUUCUCCUGAUCUGGAAGUUUGUUCCAGAAAAAAACACAAAAGAAAUGGACAACUCUGGAAAAGAGAAUGAAGCGAUUCAGCUGAUGGCCGACGCUGACAAAAAAGUCAAGUCUUCCGGGUCUUUUUUGGGAGGAAUGUUUGGAGGAGGACAUCACAAAGUGGAGGAAGCAUGUGAGAUGUACUGCAGAGCUGCCAACAUGUUCAAGAUGGCCAAGAACUGGAGUGCUGCUGGAAAUGCAUUUUGCAAAGCUGCUCGUCUCCACAUGCAGUUGCAGAACAAACAUGACUGUGCAACCAGUUUUAUUGAUGCAGGAAAUGCUUUCAAGAAAUCUGACCCUAAUGAGGCAAUCAAGUGUUUAAAUGCGGCCAUCGAUAUAUACACAGACAUGGGCAGAUUUACCAUCGCUGCCAAACACCACAUCAGCAUCGCAGAGAUCUACGAAUCUGAGCUGGUGGAUAUCGAGAAGGCUAUUGCACAUUAUGAACAAGCAGCAGACUACUACAAAGGAGAGGAGUCAAACAGUUCUGCAAACAAGUGUCUGCUGAAAGUGGGAGCUUACUGCGCUCAGCUGGAACAGUACCAGAAGGCCAUCGAGAUCUACGAGCAGGUUGGAGCGAACACAAUGGACAACCCACUGCUGAAAUACAGCGCCAAGGAGUACUUCUUCAAAGCCGCUCUCUGUCACUUCAUCGUUGACGAGCUCAACGCUAAGAUUGCUAUUGAAAAGUAUGAAGAGAUGUUCCCGGCUUUUUCAGACUCCAGAGAAUGCAAGUUGCUGAAGAAACUUCUGGAGGCUCACGAAGAACAGAACAGCGACGCGUUCACAGAGGCAGUAAAGGAGUUCGACUCAAUCUCUCGUCUGGACCAGUGGCACACGACACUCCUACUGCGCAUCAAGAAGAGCAUCCAGGGUGAGGAGGGGGAUCUGAAAUAAGAGGAACCUCAGUGUUGGGAUGCAGCAUGAAGAGACGAUUCAUCACGCAUGUUUUCACUUAACACACUGGGAAACACCGGUUAUACAGAACACCAGGAGAGGAGCACCUGCUCCUGAUUUUGAAUUGCUCAAGAGCACUUCUCUUGUCUUUUCUGCAUAUCUGGAUCUUGUCAGGAUGUAAGUCCUCUGGCCCUCACCUCUGAUUAGAGGAUUGCUGCAAACCUCCUCCUGCUCACUUCAUACCUGACCAACUUCUCUGCAGUGUUUGUUUGGAACCUGGCGCUAGUAUCACCAAGAGCAUGCUUCCUAUAAUUGUUUCCUUGUCUGAUGCAGCUUGUCUUUUUAAAAUCUAGUUAUAUCUUAUAAAAUACAUUUGAAAUGUUUGUGUUUCUGUUUUGAAGACUCAUGUUUGAAUAAUGCUUUAUUAUUCUGUUGGCAGUAACAGUAAAACAACAAAUACUCUGAAACUGAAUUAUUUAUCAAAGUCGCAUCUUUUCACCACAUGGAGUGAUUCUUCUUGAAUCAUGGAAAUGAUAUGCACAAGUGUAGACUGUUAAACAUUUGUAUCUAAACACAACACUGAUUUUAUUACUUUUAUUAAUAAUAUU